AAAGGCUCGGCUUGCAGGAGAAGAUUUCGUAAGGGUGACUGAUGCAACGUUUCUGUGGUCAGUGCUGACGGCGUGGUGGCUGCGUAAAUGAGUAUGGAAGAUUAUGAUUUCCUCUUCAAAAUUGUUUUAAUCGGCAACGCCGGUGUGGGGAAGACCUGCUUAGUCCGUCGCUUCACUCAGGGGCUUUUCCCACCAGGUCAAGGAGCCACGAUUGGGGUUGACUUUAUGAUUAAAACUGUGGAAAUAAACGGUGAAAAAGUAAAGCUGCAGAUCUGGGACACGGCAGGACAAGAGCGAUUCCGAUCCAUCACGCAAAGUUACUAUCGCAGCGCUAAUGCGUUAAUCUUGACCUACGACAUCACCUGUGAAGAAUCCUUCCGCUGUCUCCCCGAGUGGCUGCGAGAAAUCGAGCAGUAUGCCAGCAAUAAGGUCAUAACCGUGCUAGUGGGUAAUAAGAUUGAUUUAGCCGAUAAGAGGGAAGUCUCCCAGCAAAGAGCUGCAGAGUUUUCCGAAGCACAGGACAUGUACUAUCUGGAAACCUCAGCAAAAGAAUCGGAUAAUGUGGAAAAACUCUUCCUGGACUUGGCCUGCCGGUUGAUCAGCGAGGCACGACAGAACACCCUUGUGAACAAUGUCUCAUCCCCCUUACCAGGAGAGGGGAAAAGUAUCAGCUACUUGACUUGCUGUAAUUUUAAUUGAAGAGCUGGCAUGUGACUUCCCUUUCUGCCAUGGGCCAAAAGGAUUUUUUUUUUUUCUGCUGGGAUUUAUCUACUUGAAAGGAAUUCCUGCCACUUUGACCCAUCUGACUUACCCUGAGUCAGGUUGCAGACCUGGAAGCAUGGCAGGCUGAUGGCCCCAGCUACAUGGCGACAUAGCAGAAUAUAACAUGGUUUAAAUUUAAUUUUUCUUGCAGUCUCUGGAGAGGGUUAGGGAAAGAAGAGUUGCACAAGUGCUUCAUGUAAUGCAGAACAUGAGCUGUUGCAUUUCCUUCUAUGGGAGACUAGAGCAGCCUCUCUCUCAGAAGAUAUUGAAGAGAUCAAAAUCUCUCUUAUAGAACAAUGUGUUUGGUCCUUUUUAAAAUAAAAAAAUUAAGAAAUAACCAACAAUGAACACUGACCUUGGACUACGCUGGCAAUCUUCCAGGCUGCCAGCAAGCGAGCUGUUAGUACAUGUACAUAGCGUCUGCCCAUGCAUCUUCAUGGAGGACUCUGGUGUUUGAAAUAGUGUUAUGUCUCUCAUCUACAGGCACUUUCAUGAACAUGGAAUUAAAAAAAAAAGUUACAUAUAUCAACAUUUUCAAGAUUUAAGAAGACAUGGAUACAGCUCAGUUGCUCCCUUUGGUGCUAGCAGUUCAGCAAAUAUUCCAUAGACCAAACGUAGUCUUACUACAUUACUGUUCUCUGAAUGUGUAACUUAGACUGGUUAGGAAAAAACACUAAUAAGCACUGUUCAUAAAAAUAAAAAAAUCUCGUUACCUCUUUUUCUAGGCCUGAACGUAGUGGGAAAGGACUGUGCUUUGAUAUCCAACAUAGGAUGAAAAAACUUUCCAGAAAUAAAUAAAAAAAAAAAAAUUAACUGUUCCUCCUCUAA